AUGGGUAGUCCAGAUUUUGCUAUUAAGUUACUCCCUCUAUCCCCCCAAAAUUACGUCAUUGGCAAAUUCACAAAUUCAAUUCGUUUGAGAACGAAUUCUUCGUUGAGCUCCGAGAAUCUGAGCAAGCGGAAGCAGGCGGCGGAGAAGAAGCCCUGCCGCGGGAUUCGGAUGCGCAAGUGGGGGAAAUGGGUGGUGGAGAUCAGGGAACCCAACAAGCGCUCCAGAAUCAGGCUUGGCUCCUACUCCUCCCCAGUCGCCGCCGCCCGCACAUACGACACCGCCGUCUUCCUCCUCCGCGGCCCCACAGCCUCAACUUCCCCGACUUCGUCCCCCGAGUACGGCCACCAAGACCUCUCCACCUCCGUUUGGUUUGGUUUGAAUAAUUUGAGCUUCUAUUGA